AUCACGUUCUCUGACGCUCCUGGAGAGAGACUGGAAAUGCCUAAAGCCAGCAUUAUCUUAUUUUCAAUAGCCGCUUUCUUCAAGUCUAUCCUAUUCCCACACUCUCCUCGUGUGACAACACAUUCAGUUUCAUGGAUUUCGCCGUCGUACGAGAUGCGGGCAGAAUACAGAAGCUGACAUUCACAGAUCUCCCUACUAGCAGGAGCAGAUUUCUGGCGGACAAUGCCGAUUCCUAGCAAAGGCGUCCCCUCGAUCAAGACUACAGACGGGCCUAACGGAGCGCGAGGCGAGUUCUUCACUAACGGCACGCCCGCUGCAUUGUUCCCAUGCGGCAUCUCGAUGGCGUCAUCAUGGAACGUGGACUUGAUGGAGGAAAUCGGCCGGCAUCUUGGAGAGGAAACCAAAGCCCGCGGCGCUAACGUGCUGCUGGCGCCCACAGUUUGCAUGCACCGAUCUCCGCUUGGUGGCCGAAACUUCGAAUCCUACUCAGAGGACCCCUAUCUCACUGGAAAGCUGGCCGCAUCCUACAUCCGUGGACUGCAAAGCAAAGGCAUUGCUGCCACCAUCAAGCACUUCGUUGGGAAUGAGCAGGAGACGGAACGCCAGGCUUAUGAUGCCGUGAUCGCUGAGCGGCCCCUUAGAGAAAUCUACCUCAAGCCCUUUGAGAUUGCAGUCCGGGACUCUGCGCCCUGGGCAGUCAUGAGCUCCUACAACAUGGUCAAUGGCGUGCACGCUGACGAGUACAUCCACUCUCUCAAGGAUAUUUUGCGAGGAGAGUGGGGCUGGGAAGGAGCUGUGAUCUCUGACUGGACCGGAACGUACGCUACUGCUCCUUCUAUCAAAGCCGGAGUAGAUAUCGAAAUGCCAGGGCCGACGAAAUGGCGCAAGCCUGACCAGGUCUUGGAAGCUCUCGAGAAGGGCGAAAUCACGCGCGAGGAGAUUGAGCAAUCAGCAGGCAAUGUUCUUUACCUAGUGGACCGGACAAAAGGCCUAGAUGACCACUCCCCAGAAGCUGCCGAGAAGUCUAUCAACAACGUGGAAACCCAGAACUUGAUCCUCCAAACUGGGAUUGAGGGGCUAACUCUGUUGAAGAACGAGAACAAUGUCUUACCCAUCAAGAACGCUAAGAAGAUCGCCAUGAUCGGACCGAAUGUGAAGCGAGCUAUUGUGAGCGGUGGCGGUAGCGCUGGCCUGAACCCUUACUACAAGAUUAGCCCAUGGGAUGGUCUUCGAUCUCGCUUUGAUGGCGAACUCACCUUUGCGCAGGGUUGUGACAGCUCGAAAUGGUUGCCCCUAGCAUCGCCUUACUGCACCACACCGGACGGUCAGCCGGGCGUGCGGUUAGAGUACUAUCACGGCGACAGGUUCAAGGGCGACCCUGCUGUCAUCCAGCACAAAGUCAGCACAGAUCUUUGGCUAUGGGAUUCGGCACCGAAAGCCGUUCUCCCAGUCUACUCGUUCAAGGUGAAGGCUACCCUCACACCCAAGACAUCCGGAAACCACAUGUUUAGCUUCGCCUCAGUCGGACCUGGCAGGCUUUUCCUCAAUGGCGAGCUGUUCAUUGACAACUGGGACUGGACUGAAGAGGGAGAGGCUAUGUUCUCUGCUUCCGAGGAUGUGCUCAAGUCGAUCUACCUGGAGGAGGGCAAGCUUGUCGAUAUCCUCGUAGAGAGCACCAACGAGGUUCGACCGGCAUCUAAAGUUUCCAUUAUCGGCCGACGGCACGACUAUGGUGGCUGCCGUAUCGGCUACCAAGAAGAGGACAAGAUUGAUCGGCUGCAAGAAGCCGCUGACACGGCGAGGGAUGCCGAUGUUGCGGUUGUGGUCGUGGGUCUCGACGCUGAAUGGGAGUCGGAGGGCUACGACAGGCAGACCAUGGACCUUCCUAAGGAUGGCUCCCAGGAUAGACUCGUCGAAGCCGUUCUUGCCGCCAACCUGCGCACUAUUGUCGUGAACCAGUCCGGAACGCCUGUCAGCAUGCCGUGGGUCGACCAAGCCCCAGCGAUCCUGCAAGCAUGGUACCAGGGCCAAGAAGCUGGAAAUGCUCUUGCAGACGUCCUUCUCGGCAACACCAGCCCGAGCGGAAAGCUGCCAACAACGUUCCCCGUCCGUAUCGAGGACAACCCAUCAUAUCACAACUGGCCCGGGGAGAACCUGAAGACUAUUUACGGCGAGGGUAUCUACGUCGGGUACAGGCAUUAUGAGCGGAGCAAGAUUGCGCCGCUCUUCCCGUUCGGACACGGUCUGACGUACACGACAUUCGAGUACGGGACACCAAAGGCCAGCAGAAUGGUGCUGUCAGAAUCCGAAGGCAUUACAGUGACCAUUCCCGUCACUAACACCGGCUCGGUAGCUGCGCAUGAGAUCGUACAGGCAUACGUCAAGGAUGUGAGAUCCGCCCUCCCGCGACCAGAGAAGGAGCUCCAAGCAUUCGGCAAGGUGCUACUACAACCUGGAGAGACUAAGGACGUGACGCUGAAGCUGGACAAGUACUCAGUAGGGUACUUCGAUACAUCAUUGGGGCAGUCGGGUGCUUGGAUCGCGGAGGAGGGCGCGUUCGACGUGCUCAUCGGAGCGAGCUGUGCGGAUAUCAGGGCGAAGCUUAGCUUCGAGGUGAAGGAGUCAUUUACAUGGAUCUUCUAAAACUAAGGCAUCUGCUGGAGCAUGCAUGCUCCGGGAGAGCAAUUCUUGGGAAGAAGGCGUUGGGAGUUCCAUCGGAGGCGCCCGCCUGCUUAGGGUUCGGUUCUUUAGCGCUGCUUGGAUUCAUUCGUCGCGGAAAGAGUCCGCAAUACAUUCCUUAACACACUGACUCGGGCCUGCCAUGUGUGAGCUCUGAGCUCACUCGCCGGAAACAUAGAACUCCCUUUGGAUGACUAAUUGAGAGAAGCUGUCGAGCCGAGUAUUCUGCGUAGAGCUAGUUCAUGUUCAACAACACAAGUGCGCUAUCGGAACAGCAACUAUUAAGCGCCCACCUAGAUAGAGGCGCAGACACGUGAUGUGAAU